AUUCUCUCACCCGAGGAAAUUAACAUGUAUGCUGCACCUUGCUUAUAAAUAAGAACUUGAUUUUGCUGCAAAAUUGUGCCCAAGUUGUCUAGUGAAUAUCAAUAUACAUUCAAUCGACCACUUUCCACUUCCUAGCUAGCAAAAGGUAUACAGGCAUGAGUAAUCUGUCACAUGAAGGAGCUAUUGAAGGAUCGAAGAAGCUUCUUGAUAAUGAAAAGGAUGACCAGUUGAACAAGGAGGUUGAGACAAAAAUUGAGAAGCUGAUUGGUGAGUUACAAGGGACAAGGCCCCAUGACUGUGAUCCAGUUGGAAGAAUUCUGGAUGGGUUUCAUCGCUUCAAGACCACUAAAUUUGACAAGUAUCCAGAGUUGUACCGGGAACUUGCAGAAGGCCAGUCCCCCAAGUUUCUGGUUUUCGCAUGCUCUGAUUCCCGGGUUAGCCCUUCUCAUGUCCUGGACUUCCAACCUGGUGAAGCCUUCAUGGUCCGCAACAUUGCUAACCUGGUUCCUGCAUUUAACCAGUUGAGAUACUCUGGAGUUGGAGCAACUAUUGAAUAUGCUGUGGCGACUUUGGGGGUAGAAAAUAUCUUGGUCAUUGGACAUAGUCGCUGUGGUGGGAUAGAGAGGCUUAUGACUCUCCCAGAGGAUGGUUCGACUGCUAAUGACUUCGUAGAUGAUUGGGUCAAAAUCGGUUUACCUGCCAAGGCCAAGGUCAAAGCUGAGUUUGGGCAUCUCCCACUUCCUGAACAGAUCCAUAAAUGUGAAAAGGAGGCUGUGAAUUUAUCACUGAUAAACUUACAGACAUACCCAUAUGUUCAAGAAAGGAUAGCAGUGGGAGCUCUAGCACUGAGGGGUGGCUAUUAUGAUUUUGUUAAAGGGUGUUUCCAGCUCUGGGAGGUCAAGUCCACCGUUACGCCGCCCAUUUCCGCGUGUUGCAAAUAGGUCAAGGCCAUCGUUACGCCAUCAAGAUCCAAGAUCCAAGAUCCUCAACCACAUAAAAUCACAAUAUCUAUGUUGUUUCCAUCACCCUUUGAUUUGCUUUAAGCAUUUGGUGCUUGUUACUGUGUUUCCAAUAAUGGGAGCGUGUGUUGCAGAUUUGUCAUCAUGAAUAAUAAUUUAAGAAUGAAUAAAAGCUGGGCAGCUCCUUGAAUGAA